UAAAUCUUUAAUUUAUGUCUAUAAAAUUGCAUUCUCCAUUAGGUCACGGCAGAACAAAUAAAAUCUUGGUUACAGCAGCAUUAGCUAAAGUGUAAGUAGAUUUGGUGGAUACUUAAUUGAAUGAAAAUAAUAUAAAGGAGUUUUUGUAGAAGAAUCCAUUUGGAAAGGUUCCAGUUUUAGAAACCACAGAAGGAUCAAUAUUUGAAAGCAAUGCUAUUCUUAGAUAUUUAGGUAGAUAAUCUUAAGGUUUAUAUGGGUAAUGAAUUAAAUUAAAUUUUUAGUUCAUCUUAAUAUUAAUCAGGACUAGUAGAUUAAUGGUUAGAUGCUAUUACAAAUGAAUUAGAAACUGAUGCAAUUGUUGUUGCAUUAUAAGUAUUAGGAUAUGUACCUGUAAACUAAGGACAAUAAAAGAAUUCUUUAAAAUAAAUAAGUAAUACUUUAAGGAUUGUUGAUACUUAAUUGGGAAAGAGUAAAUAUAUAACAGGAGAUACACUAACAAUAGCUGAUAUUGCUUUAGGAUAAGUGUCAACAUUUAUAUUUACAUACAUAUUAGGGGAAGUGGAGAGAAAUAAAUAUGUAAAUUUAUAAAAAUGGUUAAAUGAUGUGAACUCUCUUCCAGAAUGGAAAUAAGUAUAUAUAAAUUAUAUUAAUAUAAAGGUAUUUGGUAGACCAAGAUUUUUGAAGAAUCCUUUUCCAUAGGUAGAAGUAGUAAAAGAAGAAAAAAAAGAGAAGAAAUAAGAAUAGAAAGAACCUAAAUAAAAAGAAUAAGGAAAAUAAAAGGAAUAAGGAAAAUAAAAGGAAUAAGGUGAUGAUGAUGAUUAACCAUAAAAAAAGGAACAAAAUCCACUUGAUUUAUUACCACCUUCAACAUUUAAUAUUGAUGAUUAUAAAAGAAUAUUCUUUGCUGAGAAAGAUAUUUAAAAAAAUAUGGAAACUUUAUUUAGUACAAUAGAUUUAAAUGGAUGGUCAUUGUGGUUAGUAAAAUAUAAUAAAUCAGAGAAUGAAGGUAAGAAAUUAAUAUUAACAAACAACUUGAUGAAAGGAUUUAUAAAUUAAAGACUUGAUUAAAAUUUUAGAAAGUAUGCAUUUGCCAUUCAUGGUGUUUAUGGAGAGGAACCAAAUUUAGAAUUAAGAGGUGCAUGGUUAUGGAGAGGAACAGAAGUUCCUAAAGAAUGGGUAUAUAAAUAUAUUAUGAUUUAAUUAGAAAGAUCAUAUUGCUUAUGAUUACCAUCAAUUUAUAAAAGUUGAUGUUAACAAUGCAGAACAAAAAUAAUUAUUUGUUGAUUAUUGGAUUAAAUAAGAAGAAGAUGUAUCUGUUGUUGAAGGAUUAACAGCUAAAAGUUUAAUCUAUUUUAGAUGAGAUAAUAAAUAUAUAUAAAAACAAUAUG